AGGUAGGGUGGUGUUGGCCAACACCAUCAGUAAGCUGGAGAGGAAGGUGCUGGAGUUGUCUGAGCAGCUGCAGGAGGAGCAGAAAGUCGGCGAGGAGCAGAAAGACCUGAUGACUCAGAGGAUGCGUUCUCUGAAGCGGCAGCUGAACGAAGCAGAAGAGGAGUUGAGCCGUUGUGAGAGUCAGAAUCGUCUCAUGCAGAGAGAGCUGACAGAGGAAAAGGAGGCCAGUGCACGUCUGAACAAACAGCUGCUGGACCUGCAGCUGCUGGUCAAGAUGAAGGAGUCGGUGAAGAGGAGGCAGACGCUGGACAGCCUCAAGCUGCAUCUGAGUGAGGAUGAAGACGAAGACUUUAAACCAACAACCAUGAUGACUAACAACUGAACACAAAUGAAACUGUGUGUUACCCUGGAACCCUGGAACCCUAACCCUGACUCUUGUGCCCGGACUCUGGAACCCUAACCCUGACUCUUGUGCCCGGACUCUGGAACCCUAACCCUGACUCUUGUGCCCGGACUCUGGAACCCUAACCCUGACUCUUGUGCCCGGACUCUGGAACCUUGACUCUUCAACCAAAGAAUGUAUGACAACCAAAAUACAAGCUACUCCACUGUGGCUGAGAGACUUCAGAGAGCACACAGGGUUACACAUUAGAGAGGACUGGGGACUAUGCUAAUUUGUCUGUAUGUGGGAAUUCUGGGAGGUUAAACGGACAGUGAUAGGAGCUGCGGAGAUGUUCCACAGGGCUGAGAGGACACCAACAUUGCUGCCAAACAGUGAUCCCUCUCGGCCGGCACACCAAGCCACGUCACGUCAACUGUAAAGCCGUUGUGUGAUUUUGACUUUUUCUUGAUUUAUCUGUCCAUUACUUCCUGAAGGUGCAGUAAGAGUAAUGUAAAUAGUUUUGAAAUCAUUGUAAUCAUUAUAUUCUAGACCUAAAUGUGAGAGUUGAGCGAUAAUACUGGAAACGGGAGCCUGUUAAGUUAUUAGUUUAAGACUGUUGUCUUAAAGAGGGUUAGUUAUUCAGUUCUGAUCUGGACUUGCGCUGGGAAUGAAUUAAAAAACUAAAGGGUAGUGUGAUAACAUAUACAAGGGGAAGCUUAACACACACACACACACACACACACACACACACACACACUGUACACUGCAAGUAAAGCACUGUCAUCUUAAACACACAUUAGUCUCAAACGCUAGCGCUGUGGUGCUGUGAUAAUAAAGCUUUAUUCUGCAGCCAUGUUUUCUGGUUCAGGUAUCUGCCACCCUGAAUGUUGGGACAGUUUUCUUAUUGUAAAUGUUUCUCUUUCUGCACAAACCAAAACCAGGUAAGGUUGGUGACCAGUGGAGUAUUACACCUGUCAGCAUGAGCUUUCAUUCAGGCCAAAAACAUGCUCUGGCCUGGGCCUCGAAAAUGAGUCAGUAUGUGCUAGUCUGUGCCUCUAAAAUGAGUCAAAUUGCUCUGGUCUGUGCCUCUAAAUGAGUCAGUAUGGUCAGAUCUGUUUUUGUUCACUCUUAUAAAUCGGGUUCACCAGCACACAGCUCUAAAUGUUCUUUUAAGGUAAAAUCUGUUUCUUGUAUUAUGCUACAGCGAUUGCCUUGAUGUUGAAGAUCAAAGGACUUUGCUACCUAUCAGACCCGUAAAAUAUUUUUAAAACGUUCUCCUGCUUGUUUUAAGGACUACAUGUAACACAUACU